UCCGCGACAACAUCCUCGACAGCGACGAACAAGCCUCUGCUCGUCGUCCAAGGCAUCCUCCCCCUGUUCGCGUCUUAUUCAUAUCUUACCCUCGGUGACACUGCCGCUGCUGCGUCCGUUUGCUUCCGCUUGGUAUCCGGGUUCCGCACGGCAGGUGCCAUAAGCACAUUCAUUUCGCCUACUGGGUUGUCCGAGGUUCUCAGCUGCUGUUUCGUAUCCUUCGUGUCUUUUUCUCUAUUUGCCUUCAACCACCUUCCUUCUUUAUCCUGUUAUUGCCUCCAGUGACUUCCUUUCGUUCGUCUCCAAACAUAAUGGCCGCCGCAAUACCCCUCUCUCAGCCUGAUGUACCCCUCAACACGUCGUCUGACCUUUAUUCCAGACGCCUCACAAUCACUGAAUUGGACUUCAAAGACACUCGCUACCCCGCAUUGACGGCUCAUCCAAAGGCCUAUCCUUCUCCCAUGGCUCCUUCCUUCUCAGAUAGGAUUGAAGAUAGACCCGUGACGAGUGGUUCUCGUAGGAGCUAUCUUGAUUAUACAGCUGAUAAUGAUGCUACACCUUCCGAGUGGACUCCAGAGAAGCUUUGCGAACCACCCGUAAAUCAAAGAGACGGACGGCAGGCGUCUCAAAUAAACGACAUUGAGUCCCAGGGAUCACCUGCUUCUCGCAGACCACCGGCCCAGUCUCAUCCGUCUAACAACAAUAUGCUAUCACAGAAUCUGCCUUCUACAGGCGCCUCGAUGUUCGAGAGGGAGAGUCGGGAGGAACGCCUUCAGCGCGUGCCCUCCACGUCUGGUGGCUCUGCUGAACCGACCAACCCUCCUGCUGAGCCUGCUUCUCCGCCCGUCGACAUGGGUCAGCGAAUGUCUGUGGCUCUGGAUCAGUAUCGGGACAGGCCUCCAUCAAUGUCACCGUCUACACCUCGCUAUCCAUCACUGCCCAUGACAGGUAUCGGUGCAGGCCCUAGUACUGCAGCAUUGUCCCCUAUAGUCCCUCUUUCUGCUGGACCAUCGUAUAACCCUGCGAACAUGCAAAUCCCGAUCUCUCAAAAACCUAGAGCAUAUCCGCAACAACCAACGUAUAUCAACCAACCGUCGCCUAAACCCGCCUAUGCUCCGCCGCAAGUACCAAGAGAGGAAGUGUGCGUUGAAUGUGCCAUGCGAGAUCAGGAUAUGGCGGAUGUUGAUGUGACGAGUCCUGGCAUUUGGGAGCGGGAGAGUGAUGCGAUGUAUGAAGACCUUCUUCGUCGAGAGGAAGAGGAGGACGCAGCCGGCAUCCCACAUCCAGAGAAUCGACCUAGGGCCAAAGGUGGUAUACUUACAGAGGCAAAUCUUCGACUGUGGUUGAGCGUGAAUCCUAAGGAACCCUCCUCCAGACAGCAGACUCUAGAUCAAUACGUAAGGUCUCAGAGAACACUUCUCGAGGCUGAGACACUCGCACGGGCCCGGGCCAUCCGGGAGUCCCGUCAAUUGGACGACAAGAUGCGUGACGCAUAUUCGCAGCUUCGUCGAUCGGCGUAUGAACUUGGAACCAUUGCACAACCAGACGACGAUAGCGGCGGCCUGCGCAUCAAAGCGCCGCACACCCCCUUAAUCCCAUCGAGCUUGACCAGCAAGGAGCAUUCACGGGAGGUCACCCUUCUUGAGAACGGCAUGAUCGUUGAACAUGUUGACGUCAAGAGGGAAGAACGUGAGCGGAAGCGAGAGGAGAAGCGAGAGCGCAGUCGUGCGAGGAAGUCUUCACGCAGCUCUCGUUCAGGUGCAGAUGUCACCUCCAUUUACUCCCUCGGCAGCCCUGGAAGCCCUGGAAUGCCUACCGACAGCGGGUUCUUCUCAGGUGUUAGGCCUGAUUCAAGGUUCUCACAGUCUCUGUCAGCUCGACCUAGCAGCGUUUUGACAGCUGGUGAGCAACGACCACCCAACCUCAGGGCUCAGUCACAAGCAUCGUUCUCGGACCUGCACAGUAUCGGGUCGACGUCGUCUCCACGUCGGUCAAGGUUCUUCGGUUUCAAGAACCUUAGCGCGGGAUGGCGGAGUUCAGAUAGCCUUGCACCUUCUGGUAGUAUGAUCGACAUGCACGUCGCUCUCCAACGCGAGGAACAGUAUUUGCAAGCACAUCCGGAAGCUGUGGACAUCGGUAGUAAUGCACCCACUCUUCGCCUUGGCGACGCCACAUGGCCAAAUCCUGAUACGUCUCUCGCUCCGACGGCGACGCGCGAGACAUCUCAGUCCACUACGAAGAAGCCCAAGGGUUUCAAGAAGAUUUGGAAGAUCGUCACUGGAACAAAUUCCAAGUCUGUUGCUCACGACAGCGUCCAUAGUCGGUCCAUGGAUAGGGCUGAUGACGACGGUCCUUUGGCACCUCCACCGCCUCUAUCAUACUUGGUGAAUAGGGAACGUGGUGCUUCGGCUAGACGGCACGUCUCGACACCUUCCUUACCUACGUCUACUUCUCCUAACUUAUCGUCUGCUUAUAUGCCUUCACCACCUACCGCUCCUUCCAGUCUUGUCCCUUCACCUACUUCUUCACGACCUUCUGGUGGAGACGAUGGCCUGAAGAUGAAUGGCCAUGUUGGCAGUGACGCGGAGCACAGGUUACCUUCGGGUGACUCCAUGCUCCCCGAAUCCGAUUCUCGAGGUCGGACGACCAGAAGCUCUUCAAGGACACUAUCCAGUUUCAAUGGCCCAUUGACACCUUCGUCAACGCCGUCACAGCGACCUAUGUCUGCUAUUGUGCGCAGAGACAAAUCACUACCUCCGUUACCGGGCGAGUCUUCGGUUGAAUUCCCGAAUCACCCUAUGCCAGAGGCUCGUCCGCAGACUAUGUUCACCUAUGACCCUAGGAUCUUUGUUGGUACUCCAGAAGGCCUUGCUCCACCUCAAGCAGCCUUCCGCACUCUCGACACAAGACGGCAGUCGUUUGGUGGUGUUGGCUCUCAACCCCAUCUCGCUGCUUACACUCUUCCCACACGUGGCGUCGCUGCUCGACAGCUCAAUGUCCCGCCCUUCCUUGCUGAAGAGAAGUUUUCCGAGUUCGGUGCUUCUCCUAUGGCCAUGGGUCAGUGGCCCCUUGCGCAAAAAAGCCAGCGUUCGCUGCAAGUACCCACGGACCCUAAACCGAAGAAGAGAAAAAGCAAGUUUGGAUUGUCGUCGUUGUUCGGGAAGAAGGCCCAUGGCGACGUUCAGGUCCAUGAUGGCAUCUCGGACACUCUUGAAUUCCCCGGAUUCAGGAUAUCACACUCGGAUACGCCAUACGAGACUGCGGGGAAUGGCAAUGGCUAUGGCAACCCUAUGUCGAUUCAUAGUGGACAUACUCAACGCCCUUCUCUUGCAUCGAAGAAAAACAUUGAGUUGGUAGACCAGGAUCGAGAUUUCAUUGCUUAUCGAUAUCCUUCCACAGAAGCAACACUCAAUCUCAUGCGAUAAGGCCCUUGUCAUUCCGUUCUCUGUCGAUUCAUGCAUCUCUCUCAACCCCAAGGUUUCUUGUCGUCGUCGUUGCUUUCGUAUUUACCUUACAGCCUCUCAUCACUCACUGCCCGUUGGCCAUCCCUAAUUGUUUGUCUCUGCAUUGGCCGGUUACAUAUUAUCUGGGUGUGCCUCUUACAUUGCAUCAGUCCGUCAUUUUGGUUUCUUCAUGAUUUGAUUUCUUCGUUAUACUUCGUACUCACUCAUCGGACUCAGACAUUUUUUUUUUGGUUGAAUCUUAUAUUGUUCACGGGAUAGUAAUGACAUUCAUCAAGCAUUAUUUCUCUAUGCUCGCAGAAGUUUAAGGGGUGCAAAUCGGAUAUGCUACGGCGUGCCCGAAGUCGGGUGGACAAGCAGUGGCUGAACGGCUCGACCAUCGGGUUUCCACUACUCAGGCACACAUUCACUUCACUUCAGGAAGUGGAGUCUCCCUGCAAUGAAUUGUCCGCAGAUGACCACGUCAAGGUACAUAAUCUGUUCAUU